AUGGCUCCCCAUGUCGUCGAGUCCAGCGACGGCAGCACAUUAACCGCUCAGCUCGCAAGCCGCUACUCGCGACCGGGAGGUGUCGUCAAGGGCGUCGUGCGACUCGCCACUCGUCAGCAGAUUCCUGACGCGCACACGGAGAUCGCAUACGUUAUCGCCCAAGUCCACGGCCACAUUGCUGUGGACAGCAAUCUCCUGACGCUUCCAGUGAUGCAGUUGCCGUCAUCUGGUCGCGCUUCGUCACUCACUCCAGACCAGUCAGGACUCGACCGUCACAUGUCCAAGCACGACCUCCUGGACGACAGUCUGACCGCGUCAUUGCCCGAUGUACGCAACUUUUCGGGCGACACGGGCACGUGCAUCUUCCGCGCUGCGCCGUCGGUGCUGCUCUCGGAUAUAAACAUUGCACCAACGCAGUCCGAGCAGGAAGCUCGUGCCAGUCACAAGAGCCAUGGAGAUACAGCUGAGGCGGUGUCGUCUUCGCUCGAAGCUGCUCGGGAGGAGACGGCAGAGCGCUGCACGCGGGAGUUUGCCUUUGCGCUGCCCAAGAGCAUGUGUCCAAGCUUCCGCGGCACUUCGGCUCGAGUCUUCUAUCUGGUCUCCAUCACAGUGCAAGCUGCAAGUCCUGGGAGCAAAGCAGUGUCGAUACACUUGCCAUUUGAUGUUCAUGGCCCCGAGUACAAGUUCGACGCCGGUCCAGUUGCUAGUGCAAGUGACCGAGAAGCGAGUCUCGACACGGACGAGCGUGAAGCUAUGGCCGGCGACAAGAGUGCCGAGGGCUCGUUGAAGCAGCAGCAGGUCGCGGACGGCACCACUCGUGCUGGCCGACUUGCCUCGUCGGCAGCGCCAGCACCUGUCGGAGUUCGCAAAGGCAGCGAACUGGCCUUCGAGCUGCGUCCUUCACUCAUGCACGGCCGUGUGGAAACAGAGCUCCUGCAGCGUGCACAGACGAGCAUCUUUACGAUUGGCAAAGACAGCAGUCACUUGGUGCGGUUCCUGCUGACGAAACAGGCGUACCAGCCAGGAGACGUUGUGCUGGGCAUGUUUGACUUUACGCGUGCCAGCAUCCCGUGCUACGAAGUAUCAGCGACACUGUGCCUCGAAGAGAUCCUGUCGACACGAGCACUCGAGCCUGGACGCGUCGUGCAGUCCAAGGUCUUUGGGAGCUUCCGUGAGCGCACGUUGGGCGUGCUACAGACGAACGCUCGCUUCAGCAUUCCUUACGACGCACUGCCGACGAUCAACACGGACCUCGUGCGCUUCCAGUGGCUGCUACGCUUUGAGUUCUCAGCUGGUGCUCCCGCAGCGCAGGAUUUGAGCCCGAGCGCCACUUCGUCACGGCAAAUGUUCCAAUGGCAAGUACCGAUCGUCGUCCAGCCCGUUGCAGCCACAGACCGCCACCGGCUCGCAAAUGUGCCACACAAGCUCUACUCGGGCAGUCUGCGGGUCGCACAAGUAUGUCAAGCGUCGUCGUAA